UGGCUCAACAGCUAGCUCCGCGGCUGUGGCUCAACAGCUAGCUCCGCGGCUGUGGCUCAACAGCUAGCUCCGCGGCUGUGGCUCAACAGCUAGCUCCGCGGCUGUGGCUCAACAGCUAGCUCCGCGGCUGUGGCUCAACAGCUAGCUCCGCGGCUUGAGGCAGAGAACUGCCUGCCUGUCCUCCAAUCUGUUCUCUGGUUUCUGAUGCUGCUCAGCACUGGAAACACAUCACACACAGCUGGUGACAAAAAACACUGAACAUUAUAUUAUAUAAGCUAAAUGAUGGAAUAUUAGUUCAUAUAUUAAAUGUUUUUAAUCAUUUUAUUGGCGACGUUCAGACAGGAAGAGCUGCUGUCAUAGAAUAGCAGCCAGUGAAGAUUGAUGUUCCAGUGGUGACUCUCUGUGCCAGUGAGCAAUAAGCACCAGACAUUACUUCUGUUUCUGGACCGGUCCGGUCCGGUCCAGGAGGGUCCUGCCUCAGGUGAACCAUCAGUCCCAGUCUGGUCCCAGUAUGGUCGACAUCCAGUUUGCAGUACCAGAGGUUUUCUAGAACUGGACCGGGUCGGUCUGCUAUGUGGGUGGAGGACAAAGUUCUGACCCGGAAUGGAGGCGGUUCUGGAGUUAUCCCAGGAAUGUUCUGAUGACAGAGCUUCCUGCGGUUCCCCUCAGACGUGAAGCAACACCAGAACCAGAACCGGGCCGUAAAUCAGCCUGUCGCUGAGGUCGACGGGCUGGAGGAGGGGGGUGGAACCGCGGGUCACAUGACCACAGCCCACUUCCUGUUCAGGACAAUAAGAGACCAGAACCAGCAGACCCAGUCAGGACAGAACCAGAACCCCGACCCGUCCCUCGGCUUGGAGCAGCUGCUGCCGGAUCGGACCGGGAUGUGGACGUGUUUGAUCCUCCUCAGCCUGCUGGAUCAGAACCAGGCUGCUCCUCUUCCUGGGAAACAUGGAGACCUGGUUCUGAUGGUUCUGCAGCAGCAAGCGGCCCAAACUGCGGUCACCGCCGCCCCGUUGGACCCGCCACAGAGGACAUCAUCCUCCUCUUCAUCCUCAUCUUCAUCAUCAUCAUCAUCAGACUCCUCAGAGUCCAGCCAGAGGUCCAUGAUGUUUCAACUGUUGCAGGAGGACACGGCGGUGGAGCAGAUGGACUCUGAGGAGAGCUCAGAGCUGCUGCUGCCUCCCAGUAACACCAGCACCACCAGUCUGACAGACGGAGGACAUGAUCAGGUGUUGCUCCACCUCCUGAACAGCCCAGAAGUGGGCGGAGACUUGGUAGAAAGGGGCGUGUCUUUAGACAGUGUGGGCGGAGCUACGCUGAGAUCAGCAGGUGGAGACGCCAGCGAAGCUGAGGAAGAGGAGAGGAGCGACCUUCAUCCUCUGAUAGACGACAGCCUGGAGGGGGAAGAUGGAACGACCUUUCACCUUCCUGGUUUCCAUGGUGAAGAGGCGGGGCUAGAGCUGGCGCUGUAGCAGAGACCACGCCCCCUGCUGUUCACCUUUAUAAUAACCAUGUAGCUGAUUGAGCUGCUAUUACUGAAGCUCAUUAGAUGAUCAAUAAUCAAUAAUCUGAUGAUUUAAUAAAAAUAUUUACAUCCA